AUGAACGGCCUUGCUGGAAUUGACGGAUCAUCACCUAAUCAUUGGUGGUUUGGACAAAAGAAGAGCAUUCGGGACGAAAGUGCUGCAACCACGGAAACGUUAGGACGAGGAUUUCCAUCGUUUUAUACGAGCGAAUUUCCUCCCAUUGUUCACGGAGAUACCACGAAAAAACAUUUUUCUAGAAAAUCUUCAUCAGAAGAGAUGACACAGAAACCUCAAAUUAAAGUGAUUGAAGAGCCUCAACCAAACUAUAGAACCGUGAGAAAGAAGCUGGUUCCAGAGCCAGCUAAUCCUGAUGGUCAAAAAAUCAAACGAAAAGCGAGAAAUGAAGAAAACAUUAAUUGCAAAUCUGAUAUUCAACAGCUCUUUGGUGUGCCUAAACCUAAGAAAAUAUAUGAUGACACUGGUCAGAGAAUGUCGGAAAAAAGAGGCGAUGAAAUGUCACUAGAGUAUUUUAUUGGACGAAAAAACAAUUCCUCAAAUCCCUUAAAAGAAAGAACGACCAUGUUAGAGUUUACAGGGAAGUCAGCAACGGUCAUGUAUCCAUCUGUUCUUAAUGUGCAUUCCGAUCAUCCAAAGUAUAUACACCCAAGUGGAGAGCGAAUUUGUGAAACCUUAAGUAAAACUACACGAAGCCUCAUGGACAACAAUGAAGAAUUUUAUCGAAGAAUGAGAAUGCAAGAAAUUGAAGCAGAAAGAAAAAAGGAUAUUGAGCUAGUGCUUGAGCUAGACAAGUGGCUACCUCCAUCUGUGAAAAGCAAACUGGAUGAAGAGGAGCAAAAAGAAGCCCUUAGAGAUCAACAACUCGAACAACGAAGGAAAAAGGUUUUGGGAAUGCAACAAAAACAACCAUCAAAGAAUUCAUCAGCAGCCAAUACCCGACCUCAGAGUAGCAAGAAGAAGAAGUAA